CACGGUUAUAAAAAUCCAAGAUUUAAAAAAACUCAGUGCAUUCGUUGUCAAUGGAUUAAAUUCGAUUUAUUCUAUAAGCGUUUAUAUGCUAUGUCUUUCAUUAUGAUGACUGACCUUAAAUUCAGUGUGAAAAAUGCUUCUAAACAAAAUUCUACUUAAUCUUCACUAGAAUACUAAAACAUGUAUCAUAAGAAUAAUCCAUCAUGUUUCUUUUUUGAUCAAAUUAAACUAAUAAGGCGGGAAAUUAGUGAAUAUAAAAAAUCUUCGAUGUAUGACACUAGCACUAUUCAAUUACAUUCAGAAAAUGCCGAGUUAGUAAAUAAUAAUGUAAAUGACCAGUUGUCAAAUGAUACAAUGUAUAAUUCUAGUUCCACAAAGAAUACUACUCGUUCUAUAACAUUAACAGCUACAGAAGAAAAAAUGACGAAUCCGAAAGGACAAUUAAUAAAUAAAGAAUCAAAUUUAAAACAAUUGGAUUAUUAUUCGUGGGUUGAAAUGAGUGAACAAAUUGUAAAAGAUAUUCUAAUUUUUUUACAUCAACAAAAUGUAAAAGAAAUUAAACAUCCUAGGAUACUAGAUUAUCGUUUGGAUGAAACAUGGGAUGAAUUGAUUUCUAUGGUGGAUUCCAAUUCAAGAGAUUGGCAAUUACCUGCAAUAAAAAAUGCAUACAAUAUAUGGAUUCAAGAAAAUCCUCCUGAAGUUGAUGCAUAUGGAAUGAAAUAUGAAUCAGUGAAAAAAACAAACUCAUCAUAUGGUCUUGAAAUUGCUGGUGCGUAUACACCGACACCACGAAGCUCAGUAUUUCGUAAACAAUCAAUUAAACCAAGCCUUACAAAUAAUGAGAGCAUGAGUAUUCACGUAAAAACACCAACUGAAAGAAAUUCAAAUGAUAUGCAACACACUUCUGAGAGAGCUUCUAACGUAAUAAGGAUCAAAAGAGAUAAUUCCCCACCAAAAAUUUUAGUGAGUAAUUCUCCUUCAGAAUCUUCAAGAUCAACACAAAAAUUAGAUAGUCUGAAAGAUUCUCUGAAACAUUCUUUACCUUUUUCUCCCGAUAAAGAAAAUGAAUCAAUUUCAGCAACGGGGAAAGAAUCGAAAAUUACUGUUCUUCCCACAAAUCGUCUAAAUAUUCCUAGUAAACAUAUUCUGUCUACAGGUGGAGACCGAAGAAUUGACAGUAGAAAUAAUGGAUCAUUUACUCUACAGUUUAUUAUGAGUUCACCAGAAAGUGUGCAAAAGGGAUGGAUAAAUGAAAAUAUAUUAAUUAGUUUUAUGGACACAAUAGAAUGGGUGUGUUCACGAUUGACAAUCGCUCUGAAGAAAAAUGAAGUGUCUUAUAAUUAUGAAAACUUACAGUUUCCUCGUUAUUGUGAACCACAGUACAUCCUUUAUUCAAGCUUGUUAAACCUCAAAGAAUUUAAUUUUAUGCCAAGAAAUCCUUUAGUUAAUCGUAAAAUGAAUUCCUAUACACAAAUGAAUUACAAUGACAAAGAUUUUAAUGAUGUCGACUACAAUGUAAUUCAAGACACCACUAACAAUAACAUGUCAGUAGAUAAAAAAUUUUCUGAUAAUAAGAUCACUCUCUUGUUUAAAGUUGGUUUUAAUAGAGUUAAAAAAAUUAGAAUGCCAAUUAUGAAAUUAUAUCAAAUAACAUCAGCUACUUCAGUGCCAAGUUCUGCUUUAAUACAGUUUUAUAAAAAUGAUUUAUUCAAUAAAAUUGAACAUGAUUUAAUGGACAAUAUCUUAUUGUCAACAAUCACAAAUUUAAGCAUUACCAAACGAAUAGAAUCAAUCCCAUCACAAAUUACUCUGUAUACAAAUAAAAGUGAAAAAGUUGAUAAAUCGUCUAAUAUUUUAUUAAAAUUAUACUUAGAAAAGUUGGCAAAUGUUAUACAGUCACAGAAGGAUUUAAUGAAAACUAAUCAAUGUACCAAACAUGAACAAUCUUAUCCAUGGAUCUCAUAUUCUACAGAUGGUACAUUAACAGUUCGGUAUCCUUGUGGUUCACCAGCUAUUAUAUGGUCAUCAAGUCCCUUAAUUUAUCACAAACCAUGUGAAAAUCUUGAUAAUUCUGAUUCAUCAUCAGUAAAUAAAGGGAAAGUAAAUAAAGCAAAUAAACCUAAACAAUUUCUUCAAAGUCCAUCUAUACCUUUACAAAAAUCUACCACAAACGUUACUAUCGCUACUACUUCUACUACAAUCAAUAGUAGUAGUGGUAUACCAAUGUUAGGAACACAGAAUGUUCAACACCGAACAGGAUUUUAUUUAUCGAUUUUUGGUAUUCCUCUAGUGUUAUCGUAUAAGUCAGAAGUGGAUACGGACAUUGGUAAAAUUGAUAACAUAUAUAAUUCACACUUUUCUAAAUCAUCAUCAACAACAGAUAAUGAAAUAUCGAGAAACAAUAAAAAAGAUAAUAGUUUCAGUACCGAAUUAAUCCAGAAGUCUAGAAACACUGCUAGAAAACUAGAUUCUGUUAGAGAAAAUAUAUCUAGUAGUUGUAGUAUGAACAGUGGCAGUAAUUAUUCGGAAUUUUAUCCUGAACAAACUAAAGUCGAUGACAAUUUACAAAAUGAAGAUGUUGAUGAUAAAAAAUUUAAUAUAGGUCCAUUGAUUGCACAUUUUACACCAUCUGGAGAUGGUAUUGUAUAUUAUCCUCAUAAUAUUAAUAGUAAUAAUACUACAAUAUUUAGUAGCACUGACCACAUAAAUAACCUUCAACCAGCUAACAUUCACGCUAUCUUUACAAAAGAAUAUUGUUAUAUGUUUAAAAAUUCUAAUGGAGAAUUAGAAUAUGAAUUUCCAUCUUUCACAGAAAAAAGUCUACAUGACCCAACAAUAAGAUAUCCAGUUACAUUGGAUAUAAAUUUAAACCGUUACAUUAGAUUAGUUCGUACAAACUCUCAUGAUUUGACAAUAAUAUUUAAGACAGAAGAAGAUGUGCUACUUACUAUUGACUGUUUUCAAAACCUCUACUCAAAUGAUAGUGGUGAAUGUGAUACAUAUGAUCACCCAAUGAAUUUCGAGGAUAAAUCAAAACAACUCAAACAGCAGUUUGUUUUAUCUAAAUUACCAUUUUUGAGUUCAAUCGUCGAUAAUACAAAUCAAAACAAACAACUUUUAAUGAGCAGAAAACGGAAAGAAGAGAGUUUACAAAAGUUAUUUAAAAAUAUUCCACCAAAUGAUGAUUUACAGUCACUUUCAAGGCAUCUCACUGAGUCAAUGAAACAAAUAAGCUUUCUUUGUAACCAAUGGCUGGAAAUAAUGCGCCACUGUCUAGGUCUUCAGAGACAACGUACUCCAUCACCACGAAGUGCACACCAGUUACUUCGAUACAGAAGUCUUGACUAUAUGACAAAAGGAUAUGGAACAUUUACAAAUGUAUCAACUGCUAACCGAGCAAGUGAUUAUAAUUCAUCGGUUCACUCUGAUAAACUUAUUUGUAACUCAUUCGAACAAAAAUCGAUAAGAUUAUCGAAGUCCACUUCAGAAAGGAAUAUCAGCAAAACAUCUUUUAAAAAAGAAUAUCUGGAUACAUUCUUUACAAACGACAAGAAUAAGGCACCACUGAUCAUAGGAAAUGACAAAUCUUCUGAAGCAAUACUUAUGAAUGAAAACUUUACGAGUUCCCUAAAUACUGAAAACAAUCAAAAAAUGAUGAUGGGAAAACAUUAUUCAAUUGUUAAUGCAGCAGAUAUUUUUCCAGUUGCAUGUCCAAUAUUACUUCGAUUAUGGUUGAAUGAAAUAAAACACCACAAAUAUUUUAAACAUUUAAACAAACUUAGACAAUUAGAUGAGACUACAUUACAACACAGUGUUGAACUAAACCAUGAUGAAAAUGAAUCAUUAGAAAAAGCUUUUAUAGACAUUUUAAUUAAUCCAUCGAAAUUCGACAAUCAGCUUAUGUCGACUUUGAGUACGUUAUCAAAUAAAGGUUGUCGAUGCAGUCGUCAUACACCACCGGCUAUCACUGACUUAGAAUUUGAUAUAUUCUUGAAUAAAUUGAUGCAAUCAUAUCAGGCUGCAGUGAUUAUCGUUUACGAUUCCAGGUUGCCAGAUGGGAUUCAUAUUGGUACAUGUGAUCUUCUUUGCCAGUUAUACACAAAACAACAAAACACAUUACCAACAUGUAAUCGUACUAUGGACGAUAAGAUUCAUAUUGUGACUGCAACUGAACAUUUCUCAGAAAGAUUAUACGAUAAAUACAAAAUUGCAGGUACUGGAGCAUGUGCAUCAAUAUCCACGAGAAUGGCAAACUAUAGAUUCUUUAUUUAUGAUAUAGGGCAAAAUUUAAAUAAUAAUGUAAACAACUCUCAGGAAUGCCCAUUAUUACUAAAAAGGUAUAAUGGACGACCAAAACCGGGUGACUGUUUAAUUUUUAUUCAGGGAAAACUAUGUUUUAUUGGGUCGUCUUUCACAGGCUAUGAAGAGUUACCAUGGUCAAAACAACAGUUGGAUAAAAAGGUGGUCCAGUGCAGAAACCAAUUAAUUAAACAAGGGUUUUCAAUACCUACUGAUUUCCAAUUUGUUUAAUAAGGAAUUUUUUUAUAAUUGUGAUUUCAAUUAAAUGAUAAUAAGACCUUGAAAUUAGGUUUUAUUGUAGUUUCAUUCAAUUUAUAGACCAUCAAAAUUGUGGGACAGAUAUAUCAUCAUAGCAUAGCAACACUACUACUAAAACAAAUAGUGUAGAAUUUAUAUGAAGAUAAUCAGUGGAUAAAGUCAAUAAUAUGUACUUUCACUAUACUGUAGUAUUUCAACGUCACGAGAAAAAGCUUCAUAGGUAGGGUCUAACAUGUUGUGUACACAACAUGUUAUUGAGAAUCAGGUGUAUCAAUAAUUUAUUAUGUAGGCUAUGUUCAAAUAACUUGGAAUAUCAUGUCAAGGAAACAAUUUGUACUUUCCAAUUUAAUAAUAACAUGGUAUGCUUAAACAAACUAUAAAAGAUACAUGUUACACUGUUAAAUUAAACUAACACAUCAAUUCUUUCCAAAUCUUGGGAAAAAAGAACAGAUACUCUGAACAUGACAACAUUUAGUAUUGUUUGUUUGAAUCUUCCCAUCGAUGUGUUAGGACUGCAACUGGUCAGUCUUUAACUGGCAU